AUGAGCUCUAACUCUACAUUUUCAUACGCGCAAGCCGCAAAGGGUUUGCAGGGAACCCCCAUUUCCAGCAAUACAGCCUCGGAGCCUGAGAAGGCUGAGCCUCAGGUGGAGGAGCAGAGCAAUGGUGUUAUUGCGGAACCUGUGCCCGCCGCCUCCGAAUCCGAGACGCCGCAAGAUACCGAGAAGUCUGUCGAUGAACCGAAAGAGGCUGAAUUCACGACCGUCACUAGCAAGGCGAGAUCGAAAGGUGUCAACUCCAGGACCUCUUCACCAAGCGUGAACAACCGCUCAAACGCCCAGCCGAGAGAUGGUGAUUCCUCCAGUACACCCAACGGCAACUCAGAGGCCUCUUCAGAGAAGAAGGCUCAGGCUGAUGGAAAGGCUGAUAAGUCUGAGGAUGGCUCGGAAGGUUCCAAGGACAAGUCGGAUAAGUCCGAGAAGUCUGAUAAGUCGGUUAAGUCUGAUAAGUCUGAGAAGGACGAGAAGUCCGAGAAGAACACCCCUCCCAAGGAGCUGAAGGCCGCUCCUCUUCCCUCCGUGAACAUCUGGCACCAGCGCAAGGAGGCACAGGAUGCCAGAUCCAAGACUGCUCCCGCUACAUCAGCUACCACCGGCAAGACCACCGAGAUCCAGCAGGAUUCUUCCAAGGCCAACCCCAAGAAGAAGGGUGCCGAUGGUGCGACCGACGGUGUUAAGGGUGGCAAGAAGACCGAGGGUGGAAAGGCUCUUCCCGCCGUUGGAGAUGCUACCGCAUGGCCCACCCCCGAAGUUGCCCUGGGUGAGGAGAAGAAGAAGGCUCAGGAGAAGACCGACAAGAGCCCUGUGAUUCGUCCCCACGGCAAGGAGAAGUGGAUGCCCGUUAACUACGUUCCCACUGCUGUUUUCAACACCCCCCUUCCUACAGCUGGUGGUGGUGGUGGUGGUGGCCGUGGUGGCCGCAGAGCCACUCGUGGCGGACGCGAUGGCGGCCGUGGAGCUGCUCACGGUGCCGGCGCCGCUGGCGAGAAGGCUGCUUCAGGCCAGGCUGCCCAAGGAACCGUCAAGCAGGCUGCUGGUGAGCGAGGACGUACUGAGGCUAACAGUGGACGUGCCGCUUCGUUGCCUGCUCAGGCCAGACGCUCCGACAGUGCCGAGGCUCCUGCUGAGGGCCGCAAGGCCCAGGCUGCCGAGCGCGGCCGUGCUCCCCGCGGUGCCGAGGAUGCCGCUGCCUCCAAUGGAAAGCAGACCAAUGGCGAAAACACCCGUCCCCAACGUGAUGGCAAGCAAUUUGCAAAGCACCAGGAGGCUCGCAACUCUCGCGCUGCUAACCUGGCUGUCGACCCCCACGCGACCGCUCGCGUCAAUGAGCGUCGCGCAGAGUCUGGCUCCAAGUCUGCGGAUCCUGCUGGUUUCCAUGAGUUCAACCGUGAGCGUGGAGGUCGCUCAAACCGUGGCCGUGGCCCCUACGGUUCGUUCGGUGGCCAGAAUGGCCAGUUCGGCAACAUGCCCAACAACUUCGGAAACCCCAAGUUUGGUGGCUUCAACGACCGCCAACGCUCUCAGAACGGUGUGCCUAACGGCUCUCAACAAGGCAACCGCAUGCCCUUGAGGUCACCUUCAUUGCCCGUCUCUGCUAGUCCCUAUGGUUACUACCCCAAUGACAUGAACGUCUAUGGUUACCAGGCUGUGGCUCCUGGCCCGAUGAGUGCAGUUCCCUACCAACAGUACAUGGAGCCCUUCUCGCUCAUGCCCAUGCUCUCUAUGCAGCUGGAGUAUUACUUCUCGGUUGAUAACCUGUGCAAGGACAUGUUCCUUCGUCGUCACAUGGACGGCCAGGGUUUCGUCCCUUUGGGUGUUAUCGCUGGCUUCAAGCGUGUCAAAUCUUUGACUGAGGAUUUCGAGCUUCUCCGCCACGUCUCUCGCGGUCUGCGCAACGUCGAAUACCAGGUUGGCGAGGACGGCCUGGACCGCCUUCGUUCCCGCGAGAAGUGGGCUCAGUGGGUCUUCCCUGUUGACCAGCGUGAUCCCUCUGCCCAGCACGACGGUGUUGCUCCCAAGAACUAUGAGAAUGUUCCUUUCAACCAUCACGCCGAAAGUGUCCCCAACGGCUUCAAUGUGACGCGGGAAUUCAUCCCUAACGGUACCGGAUCGCGUGGCUCUCAAACGCUGCUUUCUUCCACAGCCCCUGAGUUCAUGCCGUCAAUGCCGCCGACGCAGAGUCAAAUUGCCAAUGUAGGAGACCCCGAGGAUUUUUACUACCCAUACCCCCUUGAAGGAAGCCUAACUAAGGCAAACUCCUCUUUCGAUCCCUUUGGCAAAACAUUUAUUAACGAUGACUCUCCAGCGCGCCGACUAAAAUCCCAUCAACCGAAGACACUUUCCCUCUGUUCUUGGAUGGCGGAGCAACCUACUGGCUUCAGUGCCGAAAACAUUCACCGUCGAGCAUCAAGUGAUGUGACCUUCGACAGCUCCCCUCUUUCCCCUAAUGCUCCGCUAUUCACGCCCAGAAAGCCCGAUUCACGUUACCACAAAAAGUCCGUUCAUACUCGCAACUCAUUCGAUAUUUUUCGCAAUACCGCUUUUGGGGCUCAAGACCCACGGGUCACCCCUCCAUCGCAUGGCCUUUCCAUAGGCCCUCCUUAUCGUUUCUGGUCUCAGCACCUUACACGCAAUUUCAAUUUGCAACUGUACAAUGAAUUUCGGCGUCUAGCCAUUGAUGAUCUCUUCACACGACACAACAACUAUGGAAUCAACGCGUUGACUAGUUUCUACCACACUUGUCUGAUCAGCCGUCGACCUCUUCCUGACGAGGUUAUUUGCGACAUGGUGCACUUAUCUCAUGCCCCGUUCAAGAAUUGCCAUUCUGUCCUUAACAAUCUCCUCAACUUGACAAUGUCGACUGGGGCUAUGGAGAAUGACAAUCGCGUUAAGGCUAGCUAUUACUUCGGUCUAGAGUAUGGUCCUGACAAAAGGCGUUGGAAGGAACAUCGUCGUUCGAGAUGA